AUGAAUGCGGGGAGCCCGUCGUCCAACCUCCUUCCCGGACCUCUCAUUUCCCCUCCCUGUUCCCUCAUUUCCCCCCCUCCCUCUCUCUUUUCCCCCACUACUCCUACCCCUUGUUUCCCCCUCUGCUUACCCUCGUUCCCCCCUCUUUUUUCCCUUAUUUCCCCCUCUCCUCUCCCUCGUUCCCCCCUCUCCAUCCCAUCAUUUCCCCCUCUGCUUCCCCUCGUUCCCCCCCUCCAUCCCCUGAUUUCCCCCUCCUUUCCCCCACUGCUUCCCCUCCUUUCCCCCACUUCUUCGCCUCCUUUCCCCCGCUACUUCCCCUACUUUCCCCCGCUGCUUCCCCUCCUUUACCCCACUGCUUCGCCUCCUUACCCCCACUGCAUCCCCUCCUUUCCCCUGCUGCUUCCCUCCUUUCCCCCGCUGCUUCCCUCCUUUCCUCCGCUGCUUCCCCCCCUUUCACCCACUGCUUCCCCUACUUUCCCCCACUGCAUCCCUCCUUUCCCCCACUGCUUCCCCUCCUUUCCCCCACUGCAUCCCUCCUUUCCCCCCCGUGCUUCCCCUCCUUCCCCCCGUUUCCCUCACUGCCUCCGCUCCCGCUGCCCUUCUCUCACCUGUCCAUCCCUUGCCUCCCCUUCGCAUCCGUCUAAAGCUGUGAGCGAAAUCAGACACAACUUUCCCUCACAUCCCCUCUCCCUCCCCCCGUUUGUUACCCAUCCCUCUCCUCCACCCAUCCAUCUCCCUCUCCUUCCCCUCGUUCCCCCCUCUCCUUCCCCUCGUUCCCCCUCGCCUUCCCCUCGUUCCCCCCUCUCCUUCCCCUCGUUCCCCCCUCUCCUUCCCCUCGUUCCCCCUCUCCUUCCCCUCGUUCCCUCCUCUCCUUCCCCUCGUUCCCCCCUCUCCUUCUCCUCGUUUCCCCCUCUCCUUCCCCUCGUCCCCCCCGCUCCUUCACCUCAUUUCCCUCUCUGCUUCCCCUCGUUCCCCCCCCUCAUCCUUGUUCACCCCACAACUUCCCCUCAUUUCCUCUCAUCACCUCCCCUGCUCCCUCUCACUACCUCCCCAGCUUCCAAUCUUUUCUCCCUCUGCUUCCCCUCGUUUCUCCCUCUCUUUCCCUUCAUUUCCGUCCCUGCUUCUCCUUUGCCUGCUUUCUCUUCGAUUGCGUCUCGCCCACAGUUCCCCCCUUACCCUCCUUCCUCUGUUGUUUUCUAUGCUACCGUAUCACCCUCCUUUCUCUGA